AUGGCUCAAGCCAUGGAGAAGGAACUCAUUCUCGUUACGGGCGUCACUGGAUACAUUGCUGGUCGCACAGCCGAGGCACUCCUCCAGGCGGGCUACCAAGUCCGAGGCACAGUUCGCGACCUCAGCUCUGCGCGCCACACACAGAAUGCUCUCAGCGAAUUCGACAGCCGAUUCCAAAUUACGGUGGUUCCCGAUAUCUGCGUCGCUGGGGCACUUGAUGAAGCAAUGGAGGACUGCACUGGCGUUGUGCAGAUUGCCGCGCCCAUGAAGAUUUCAGGACAAAAGGCGAUUCCCGCCGUGGAGAAGGCCGUCAAUAUCGUCAACGGCGUACUUGAAUCGGCGAGCAAACAUCCAUCUGUUAACAACGUCGUUCUCCUGUCGUCAGUAUCCGCUAUUCGCCGCAGUGGAAGUGGACCGUACACAUUUACGGAGAAGGAUUGGAAUACCGAGGUGGAGGCGAUGUUCAAGACUGACCCGGAUAAUAUGUCGGGUGGAAUGAUUUAUAGGGCUGCCAAAGUAGCCGCAGAGCGAGCAUUUUGGAAGUACAAAGAGACCAAUAAGCCGAGAUUCGCGAUGGCAAGUGUCAACCCUUCUUUCGUUCACGGUCCGCCACUUGUCGUACCAAACUCGGUCUUCAAAAUCAAAGGCACAACAGGGUUUAUCGUCAGCAUCCAAGCUGGCCUCGACGGACCCGACGUCUUCAAGACUUACCCUUGGUGGGUUGACGUCCGCGAUGUCGCGCGAGUUAUUGUUUUCUGCGUCAAGAACCGCGUUGACGGCGAGCGGUUCCUGGCGGUGUCGGCGUACGGCCCCCAGCAAGCUGUUGCUGAUGUUCUUCGAUCCGUGCGACCUAAUAGCAGGGUUGAGAAAGGUGUUCCAGGUGAGGGCUACGCUAUGCCAGGAUACCAAGCCCCAGUAAGUGAGGAUCAGAUUCUCGACGGGUCCAAGCUAGUUCGAGUGACGGGCCAAGACUACAUUCCCUACGAGAAAAGUGUUGUCGACACAGCACUAGCUUAUGAACCACUCCUUGCUAACCUUGGACCAUCAAUUUAUAUCAAGAAGGUGUCUCAGAAGAUUUUUUCAUAUUUGAUGCCAAGUGGCAAGUGA